UACCUUUGCUGUGACAGCACUGAAUUUUGUCACUCAGCUUCCGAGCAAGUUUGGUGACACUGCCCGGAGAGGCUGUGCUGAUCCAGAUGGCAUGCAUCUUGUGUGUGGCAUCUCUCUUUCUCUCUCUAACUAAGUUCAGCAUUGGCCAGAGGGAAGUAAAAAUUCAAGAAGGGCCUCUGUACAGAGCCGAAGGUUACCCUGUCAGCAUCGGUUGCAACGUAAGUGGUCAUCAGGGUCCUUCCACACAGGAUUUCCAGUGGUCUGUUUACCUGCCAAGUGACCCGACCAAGGAAAUCCAGAUCAUCAGUACCAAGGAUGCUGGCUUCUCCUAUGCAAUGUAUUCCCAGAGGGUGCAGAGCAAGGAGAUCUAUGUAGAGAGGCUUCAGGGUGACUCGGUCCUGCUGCGUUUCUCAAAACUCCAGAUGAAGGACACUGGCGAGUAUGAGUGCCACACACCCAACACGGAUGGGAAGUACCUUGGAAGUUACAGUGCGAAGACAAACCUAACUGUGGUCCCCGACACCCUGUCUGCCACCAUGCCCUCCCAGACUCUCAGCAAGAAGGAAGGUGAGCCGUUAGAACUCACCUGCCAGGCAACCAAAGCCACAGCUCAACAUACCCACCUGUCUCUCACCUGGUACCUGAUGCAGGAAGGAGGAGGGAGCCAAGCCACUGAGAUCAUUUCUCUCUCCAAGGAUUUUAUAUUGGCCCCUGGGCCCUCCUAUGCAGACAGGUUUGUGGCCGGUGAUAUACGGCUGGACAAGCUUGGAGCCUCUUUCUUCAAGCUAUCCAUAGGCAAGCUCCAGCCCUCAGAUCAAGGCCGGGUGUUCUGUGAGGCCACAGAGUGGAUUCAGGAUCCAGAUGAAACGUGGACUUUGAUCACAAGAAAGCAGACAGAUCAAACAGCUCUGAGGAUCCAGCCGGCAGCAGGAGAUUUUGACGUGAGCAUCACAGCCAGUGGCUCACCUGAGGAAGGAAAUCCCUUGGAACUGGUUUGCCUGGUUGUUGGCAGAGACGGUGACCCACAGCUUCAGGGUACUUGGUUCCUCGAUGGGGAGGAGAUUGCCCAGAUUGAUGCUGGUGGGGUCCUGGACCUGAAGAGACCCUACAGAGUCAGAGCAAGCCAAGGACAGCUGCAAGUUUCAAAGCUAAGUGCCCAGACUUUCUCUCUCAAGAUCUUCUCCGUGGGUUCAGAGGAUGCAGGCGCCUACAGUUGUGAAGUGGCAGAGGUGGUGAGGACUCAGACGGGCUCCUGGUGGGUACUUCAGAGAAAGCAGUCACCGGGCUACCGGGUGCAGCCGAGGGAGCCAGCAGCAAGAAGUGUGGCCGUGUCUGCUGAGCAGGAUGCUGUGUGGGAAGGAGAGCCGCUUACCCUUCUCUGCAAGGCAGCUGGGGAUGCAAGCGCUCUGUCUGUGAGUUGGUGGCUCACCCCACAGAACCAGACCACACCCGUGUUUGUGGCUGGCAUGGGGCAAGAUGGUACUGUACAACUGGGAGUCUCUUCUCCGGGCCCUGCGUACCGUGGUAACAAGAGGUUGGAGAAAGUGGACUGGGCCACCUUUAGGCUGGAGAUUGCCUCUGCCAUGAUCACAGACCAUGGUACCUAUGAAUGCAGAGUGUCAGAGAGAGCCCAGAACCAGGCCAAAGAUUUGCAGUCAACCCAGAAGAUUUCAAUCACUGUUAAAUCUCUGAAGUCAAGUUUACAAGUUAAUCUGAUGAGCCGUCAGCCACAAGUGGCAUUAGCCCAUACCUUCGACCUGUCCUGCAUAGUGAGGGCCAACUACUCGGAUCUCCAGCUCCCAUUCUCCAUAAUGUGGCAGUUCCAGCCAGCUGGCUCUGGGGCCUUUCAUCAGCUUAUUCGAGUCACUCACAAUGGCACAGUUGAAUGGGGGGACGUUCUCUCCCAGCUCCACAGGAAGACCAAGGUGUCACAGUCUUUCUUUCGUUCUCAACUCCAAAUCCAUGAUGCUGCUAUGGAGGAGACAGGGGUGUAUCGGUGUAAAGUGGAGGUUUAUGACAGAGAUUCUGUGUGCACAAGUGGCCCAGCCAGGGUAUCUGCCACCUCUAACCUAGUAAUGAUUACUGUCACUUUUCCAGAGAGCAAACUGAGAGUGAACUCAAGCAGUCAGGUCCAAGAGCUAUCCAUCAGCUCCAGCACUCAAAUAGAAUGUGCCAUAUUGUCCCGAUCUGCUGGAAACCUUCCGUUAUCCAUUAUUUGGUAUUUCUCUCCUGUUCCUGAAAAUGCAACAUAUCUGAAAAUCCUAGAAAUGGACCAAACCAAUGUUGUAAAAUAUGGGAAUGAAUUUCAAACCCCUCGGAGCAAGCAGAAAUUUCAUUCUGAGAAAGUUUCUCAAGACUUAUUUCUGCUGAACAUUCUGAGCGUGGAGGACAGUGACCAGGGCCACUACCACUGCGCCGUAGGGGAGUGGCUCUUGUCUGCAAGCGGCACUUGGCAAAAGCUUGAAACAAAGACUUCAGGACUCACAGAAUUGAAACUCAAGCCCACAGGAAGUCAGGUCCAUGUCUCUAAAGUGAGCUGGACGGGAAACGCUACCGAGUAUGGAGAGGCAGACUUCAGCUGCAGCCUGGACGGCUCCAGCAGCCCAAGCUCCCUGUACUCUGUGAUGUGGUACUGGAGCAGAGGAACCACCGGCGAGAGUCAAAUGCUGGCGCACCUGCACUAUGACAGCUUGCUGCAGUAUGGGCCGGAGGAGAGCAGGAGGCUCCUGCACUGCUACCGAUCCUCUCCCACAGACUUUGUCCUGAAGCUGCGUCGGGUGGAAAUGGAGGAUGCUGGGAUGUAUUGGUGCAGGGUGGCUGAGUGGCAGCAACAUGGCCACCCAGGCAAGUGGGUCAACCAAGCCUCAGCCGAAUCGCAACGAAUGGUGCUCAGGGUGCUGCGCUCAGAGGCCACGUUCUCUUCCCGGAUCUGCUCGUCCAGACCCUUACUGCACUUCCUCGUCGCCUGCCCCCUCAUCUUGCUGCUCCUUCUGUUCUCGUCCUUCCUCUGCUUGUACUGGAAGGCCAGGAAGCUGUCACAGCUGAGUGUCACUGCAAAGAAAGAAAAGGCUCUCUGGGUGGGCAUGAGAAGGACAUCACUGCAGAAGGAAGCCGGAGAGGAGGAUGAAGGCUACUGAGUUCCAAGGAGCACCUGUGCUGGAGGAAGGCGUGUGGAGGGAUUGGGUUGGACUGAAUGGAUUCUGCUUCAUACCUUGGCCAAGUUACCUAGGGACUGGAAGUACUAUGCUGUGGGCAUUAUGUUGUUAACCAGAUCUUGUUGAGUUUCUUUGUGUAGCAACCAUCUUUUUUUUUUUCAUCCUUCAGAAGCAGGGAGUGUCAUUGCCCCCUCACCUCCUGAAGGUCCAGCCCUCAUCUGGAAAGAGGGGACCACCAGCCGGCGAGCUUUCCUGCCUCCCUACCCUCCAACAGCACCCAUUCCCUUGGAAACAUCAGCUUGGCCCAGUCACAAGGGAAAUCAUUUUUUUCUAGAUAAGAAAUGUAGGAAAAACCGGGUGUCAGCAAAGCCAGAGGAAUUGAAAGCGUGGACUGGCUUCCUGGAAUCAGACUCCCCCAGUCAGUAUGUAACUCUUUCUAGGCAGAAAUCCAAUGGUUUUACUCCACCCCCCUUUACGAAUGCCACUGUAAAGUAUAAGAGUCGUUGUCUAAUCAAUAUUGGUCCUUUGACAAAGGGUAACAUGCUGCGGCCUUUUUGGAGGUUUUAUUUGGCCUCCUGCUUUUACAAUUGGGGAUAACUUUUGUUUCUAUUUUUGUUGUGUUGUGUAUAGCUCUGCUCUGUUCAGUUUGAACUGUCCGCCAACUUAAAGCUGUCUUUCCCCUACCAAGGCCAGUCUUCCUGUGCUGGGAUUAGAGGCACACAUUGGCACUGGUCGGUGCUGUGCAUGUCUUUAAUCCCAGCACUCAGGAGAUAGAAGUGGGUGAAUCUCUGAGCCCAAGGCCAGCCUGGUCUACAGAGUGAGUUCCAGGAAAACCAGGACUACACAGAGAAACCCUGUCUUGGAAAAGAAGGAGGAGAAAGAAGAAAAGGGAGAUGAAGAAGAAGAGGAAAAGGAGGGAGGGUGAGGGGAGAGGGAGAGGAAAACAUUGGCAUUCUUGGUUUAAGAGAUAGUAAAUCAGCCGGGCGUGGUGGCUCACGCCUGUAAUCCCAGCACUCGGGAGGCAGAGGCAGGCAGAUUUCUGAGUUGGAGGCCAGCCUGGUCUACAGAGUGAGUUCCAGGACAGCCAGGACUACACAGAGAAACCCUGUCUCAAAAAACCAAAAAAAAAAAAAAAAAAAAAAAAAAGAAAGAAAGAAAAAAAAAAAGAGAGAGAUAGUAAGUCAUCAUUAAAGAACAUUCUCCUACCCAUACAGCAGUGUUUUGCUCAGCUCAUGUCCUUCACACACACACACACACACACACACACACACACACACACACACACACACACACCAGCCAUAGUGCUUGGCCAAUGCCUCCUUUGAAAGCACUGGGCCAGAGGAAAGAACUUGCGGGAGGGCUCUGAAGUAACCCCCCUGUCGUCUCAUGGUACUGGAGUGUGGGUUCAAGGGAAGCAGAGGUCAAGUCUGAUUCCUGAGUCUCCUAAUCUCACCCUAGAAAUCCCAAAGGCGAGGUGUGAUGGUUUAAGGCUUUCAAGAGCUGUUUCCACUGUAUAGGUCUGGCUGGAGCCAGAAUUGAAAAUCAAUCAAAUAAAGGACCUCAGAUAACACAUCUAUUUAUUGUCUAUGUGACCACCAGGGUUUCUUCAGUACUUGGUAAUUUGCAUUUCUAAGGAGAGCCAUUUAUUUUUAAUUAUUUUAUCAGGCACACAGUCCUCUCCAAAGAUAAUUAGUUCCUUUGCUCCUUUGCAAGCAGAUUAUCCGUGGCUAUGAGAACUGCACCACAGACCUGCUGCUUCCUUAAUCCAACUCCCUCUAAAGCCUCGUUUGAAACAUUCCAAAUGUUUUCUCAAACAACCAACACAUUAACUUCUUCCCUCUCAGGUAACGAUGAAAAGAAGAAGGAAAUUAAAGAGUUCUUCAGAAAUAAGUAUGAUGGCUCCCACCCCCCAUUUUUAGAGGUCUUUUUUAAAUGUUUAUUUUUAUUUUGCAUAUUGAUAAUCUGCAUGUAUGCCUGUGUACCACAUGCAUGCAGAGUCUACUCAGGUCAGAAGAGGGCAUGAUAUCUCUUGGAACCGAAGUUAUAGAUAAUCAUGCGCUGCCUGCCAUGUGGGUGAUAGGAAAGGAACCUGAGUCCUCUGGAAGAACAGCCAGUGCUUUUAACUGACUAACCAUCUCUCCAGCAUUCAUCCCUGACCUUUUUUAUUUAAGACAGUAUUUUACUAUGUAACCAUGGCUGGCCUGGAAUUCACAAGGUAAACCAGGGAUAACCUGAUCUCACAAAGAUCUGCCUGCUUCUGUAAUGGCAUGCCAAGAAGGAACUUGUAUUUGAAUUGAUUUCUGGCAGGAGAAUCAUGAAGACCCUGUGGUACUUCCCAUCUGGUCUUCUUGAAGUGCUCUCCCAACCUUCCCCUUCUCUCCUUUACCUCAGCUGUUAUUUCUGUUCCAUCAAACCAAGGACAGACCUUCUUCAAGGAGACAGGGCUUUUCCAGCCAGAGUGCAGCCCGGGAAAGUGUGUCCCUGAAGCAGUCCUUGCUUGUCAGGUCUUAUGGUAGACUAAAGGGUGGUGACUCAAUAUGUCUACCCCCAUAGCAGUACUGCCUGGCUCGUUCUGGAUACUCUCUUCAUACAUGGAAUGAACAGUAAGCACACCCGAUUGCCUUUAGAGCUAUAUCUCACUAUUGGCCCAACGGUCAGUUUGAAGGCAACUGAACCCCCAAACUCUUUAACUCUAGUUUUAGUGUUUGCAUCAAGUGGAGGGUAUCUCUUGUGCAGCUUUCCUAUUCUGCCCUCACACCCCCACACCCCCACCCCACCCUCCCCCACCCCACCCCGGCUUUACUUUCAGCUUUGUGAUAAGUCCUCUUUGGCAAUGAGACAAGCCUUUAUCUCAGGAAUUGGCUAACCACAUCCCAAGGGUCUGGUACAGCCUUCCACCCAUGCUUUAAAUACAAUUUACUGGAAUCCAGUCAUUCUCAUUCCCUUACAUUGUAUGCAUGGCUGCCUUUGUGAGGAAAUGACCACAAAGGGAGGUUGCUAAGGAGACCGUGUGUGCUGGCUUGGUUUUUAUUGUCAACUUUACAUAACUUAGAGUCACCUGGGAAGAGUCAACCUCAAUCGAGGAAUUGCCUAGGUCAGGCUGAGCUGGAGGCGUGUCUAAGAGAGAUUUUAUUGAUUGCUAGUUGAUAUAGGACAGUCCAGUCCAGUGUGGACAGUGCCAUCCCAGGCAGGCGAGCCCGGGCUGUGUCAGGAUGAGAGCAAGAAGCUGAGGUGGGAAAUGGUGCUCCUCUGUGGUCUCUGCUUCAAGCCUCUCCCUGGCGUUCCUCAAUGGUGGAUUGUGACCUGGAUGUAUCAGGCAAAGAAACGGUUUCUCCCAGGUUGCUUGUGCUCAGAAUGUUUUUAUCACAGCAACAUAAAGAAAACUGGCACACCACGUGACCUACAAAGUCUAAAAUGAUUUCUUUCUGACCCUAUACCGAGACUAUUUUUCUAGCUUCUGUCUCUUCUGGUUAAUGUUUUUCCCAUGGUAGCUGCAUAUGAUGUUCCUGAAACACUGGAUUUGACCCAUUUUAUCUACCUACCAUUGUUGUGUAUUUGGUUGACUUAAUAAACAGUCUUAGGCUCUCUGGA